AUGGCUUGGCCGCGUUCCCGCCCUGUCCGGUCCUUUGAGCGGCCGCCAGGAAUCCGUGACAUUCAAGGACGUGGCUAUCGACUCCACUCUGGAGGAAUGGAGGCUGAUGGACCCGCACAGAGGAACCCGUACAAGGACGAGAUGCUGGAGAAUUACAGGAAUCUUGUCUCCCAUAAGAAAAUCCACACUGGCGAGAAGCCCUAUAAGUGUAAUGAGUGUGGAAAGGCCUUCAUUGCUUCCUCAUCACUUACGGUUCACCAGAGAAUUCACACACAGGAGAAGCCGUACCAGUGCAAUGUCUGUGGGAAAUCCUUUAGCCAGUGUGCCCGCCUGAAGCAGCACCAGAGGCUUCAAACUUCAGAGAAGCCCUGUAAGUGUAGCGAAUGUGGGAAAGCUUUUAGUGACAAAUCCAAACUGGCCAGACGUCAGGACACUCACAGUGGGGAGAAGCCCUGUAAGUGCAGCGACUGUGGGAAAGCUUUUAGGAACAAGUCCUAUCUCAGUGUCCAUCAGAAGACCCACACUGAGGAGAAACCGUAUAAAUGCAGUGAGUGUGGGAAGUCCUUCAAGAAUACCACCAUUUUUAAUGUCCAUCAGAGAAUUCAUACUGGAGAAAAGCCCUUCCGCUGUAAUGAAUGUGGGAAAGCCUACAGAAGCAAUUCCAGCCUGAUUGUACAUCUCAGAACUCACACUGGGGAAAAGCCCUACGAAUGUAGUGAGUGUGGGAAGGCGUUCAACCGCAUAGCAAACUUCACAGAACAUCAGAGAAUUCAUACAGGAGAAAAACCCUACAAGUGUAGCCAGUGUGGGAAAGCGUUCAUUAAUUACGCAUGCCUUACCGUACACCACCGGAUGCAUACAGGGGAGAAACCAUAUAAAUGUAAUGAAUGCGGAAAGGCCUUCAUGCGUUCUUCAUCUCUCAUUAUACAUCAAAGAACCCACACUGGCGAAAAACCCUACAAGUGCGCUGAAUGUGAGAAGGCUUUCACUAACACAUCUCAGCUGACUGUGCAUCAAAGGCAGCACACUGGAGAGAAACCCUACCAAUGUCACGAAUGUGGGAAGGUUUUCACAAGUAACUCGGGCUUUAAUACCCAUCAGAGAACACAUACUGGAGAGAAACCGUUUAGAUGUAAUGACUGCGGGAAAGCAUUUAGCCAGAUGGUACACGUCACAGAACAUCAGAAAAUCCACAGCGGAGAGAAGCCCUACAAGUGUGAUGUCUGCGGGAAGGCCUUCAGGAGGGGUUCAUACCUUACAGCGCCUGGACCAGGUGUGCUGUACAUGAAACUGCUCUUCAAGAUUGCCAUUAACCUGUGA